ACUAGUAUUUCUUAUUAAACAGCUUGAGUGAGUGAGGAGCACAAAGCGCAUAUCAACUUCAGUUUAAACUCUAGCUAGGUUCUAGAACCAAUCUUUAUUCAGAUUCUACUACUUUUCCUUUAAAGCAUAUCUCUCUUGAGCCUUGAGGUAAUCCAAAGGAGGAAUCUUAUCAUAUCUAUAUAAACAAGCCAUGAUUUAGUAGCCUUCAUAAUUCAUAACCAUACUAAAGCCUAAUAUUUGUGUAUCCCAAAACAAACCAUACACACAUGUCGAAUAUGAGUUUCCUCAAGUUCAAUAGCUUCUCAUGGAAGCCCUCUUUCUCUUCACGCAAGAAUGUAGCCAAGAAGAACAGCUUCACAUCAAGACAGACAUCGAAUGCAGGACAAAGUUUCCAGCCAAAAGAAGAGGAAAUGAGAUGGGUGUUCCAUAAAUUUGACGCCAACAAAGAUGGCAAGGUUUCUCUUGAAGAGUACAAGGCUGCUGCAAGGGCCUUAGAUAGGGGCAUUGGGGACGCUGAAGCAGUCAAGGCUUUUAGGGCCAUGGACACUGAUGGAGAUGGCUUCAUUGACUUCAAAGAGUUCAUGGAAAUGUUCAAUGGAGAGGGUAGGAUAAAGGAAACCGAGAUCAAGAAUGCUUUUCAAGUGUUUGAUUUGAACGGUGAUGGGAAGAUCAGUGCUGAGGAGUUGUCACAAGUUCUGAAAAGGCUAGGAGAGAGUUGCAGCCUUAGUGCAUGUAAAAAGAUGGUCAAAGGGGUGGAUGGGAAUGGAGAUGGUUUCAUAGACUUGAAUGAGUUUACCACGAUGAUGAUGAGUGGUAAGAAACUAGGCUAAGUCUUGGGACUUUCUGAUAUGCAGGACCAUGAUCUUGUUCAGUGUUUCUCAAGUUUGUGUCUUAUAAUAUUUAGUUUCUUUUUCUUUGUGCUAGAUAGGUUAUAGAUAGUUUGGUUAAAUAUGUGGUGAUUAAAUCAAUAUCAUUUUAUGUUGAUACGGGUGUAAUGUUUUUGUAUAAAUAUAUUGGAUAAAUGUUAUUGUCUGUUGAUUC